AUGCCAACACGGCAUGAAUAUCUUCUGUCUUUCAACUUGAGGACGGACGUGAAAUCCAUUGUUGAUGCUACGAUUCCUGAGCGUGGUUUUGAUUUUGCUGAAUUUGACGUUAUUGAGAAAGAAUCCUCUGACUCUCCUUAUUUAAUAGGUGAUGGGAUUGGUGUAUUGUGUUAUUCGCUUUCAAUUAAGAUUUUGUAUAUAGGACGUAAGGCUGAAACCCUUGUUAUUUGUUGUGUAGACGUCAUUGGUUUGCUGUCUGGAAUUGGGGAAGUACGUGAACAUGUCAUCUCUGGUAGGAAUACAAAAAUGGUUGUCGUGGAGCUUGACAACCUGAGGGGUCAGAAACUUGAAUGCACUUUGUGGGAGUCAUACGUAGACGAGGUCCAAACUUUCUUAGCAAAGAAUCAGAGUGCUCAAAAUGUUAUAAUACUUCAGCUUGCAAGGAUAAAGGGUUUUAGGGGAAAGAUUGGAAUAGCUAAUACAAAGUAUACGACGAAAAUUCUUUUUGAUUUCAAUAUACCUGAGAUUGUAGAGUUCAAAAAAAGGCUUUCCGGUGAUCUGAUGGAAAGUAGUCAGAUGUUGACUCAGUUGUCAAGCCCAUCUUCAUAUUCUUAUGAAAAUGAUUUUCUCAAGGAUACAGAGAGGAAAUUUCUUACUGAUAUUAAGAAUUGCAUAGAUGCUACUACUUGCAUUACUUAUGGAUAUCAACUUAAAAAACUUACAAUGAGCCAAUCGCAAUAA